AUGGCACACCCGCCGCCCGCCGCGGACUGCCGUCCGAGCCCAUCCGCCACCACGCAACAACAAGCCCCGUCCGCCUCCCCAGCCUCGCGAGGCACCAAGCCGGACCUGGCCAGCAUCCUCUCCGUGCACGACUUUGAGUCCGUCGCCUCGCAAUCCUUCUCCCCGCAGACAUGGGCCUUUGUGUCCUCGGCCGCAACGGACCUGCACACCAAGGCUCGCAACGCGGCGACCUACGCCCGCAUCACCCUCCGACCGCGGAUCCUUCGUGACGUGUCCGUCGUCGACACCGCCACAUCCCUUUUAGGGUACAAGCUCCACGUGCCGCUCUUUGCGAGCCCCACGGCGCUUGCCGGCCUGGUUCACCCAGACGGCGAAAAGGCCAUUGGCUGCGCCGUCAAGGCCGCGGGCAUGGCGCAGUGCGUGUCCAUGAGCGCCUCGUAUCCUCUCCAGGACAUUAUCGAGGAGAUCCGGCGCCACCCUAUGGAAACAGGCCACGAAACGCCCGUCUUUGUCCAAUUCUUCGUCAACAAGGAUCGCGCCGUCACCAGGCGGCUGCUGCAAGAAGCAAAGCGCCUCGGCGUCUCCGCGCUGUUCCUCACCGUAGACGCCGCCCACGCCGGGAAGCGAGAAGCCGACGAGCGCAUCCGAAUCGUCGGAGACGGCUUCUCGUCGCCGUCCACCGGUGUCGCCGCCACCAGAGAUGCCGGGCUGGGCCGCGCGCUCGGCAGCGUCAUCGACAACUCCAUUACCUGGGACGACGUGCGGUGGAUCAGGGAGCACGCUUCGGGUAUGAAGCUCGUGCUCAAGGGCGUGCAGACACCCGAAGACGCCGUACUGGCUGUGGAGGCAGGGCUGGACGGCAUCGUCGUGUCCAACCACGGCGGGCGGACGCUCGACACCGCACCGGCCACCAUUCUCGUGCUGCUCGAGCUGCGCAAACGCUGUCCGCAGGUCUUUGCAGCGCUCGACGUCAUGGUGGACGGGGGCGUCACGAGGGGCACCGACGUCUUCAAGGCGCUGUGUCUCGGGGCCAAGGCCGUGGGACUCGGCCGCGCGACGCUGUACGGCCUCGGCUAUGGGUACGAGGGGGCGCUCAAGGUGUUUGAGAUUUUACAGGAUGAACUAGAGGCCACGAUGAAGCUGUGCGGCGUGACAAGGAUCAGCCAGCUACAUGCGGGAUACGUCAACACCCUAGACGUGGACCAUCUAAUUUGA